UGUAGCUGCCCCACCCUGUACCCAUCUCUAGACCUUAACCUUCUUUGUUUUGACGAGUGAGCACAUGCUUGUCUGCUUGACACCAGCCACACUGCCCCACCCCAAAUCUCCACCCCCCGGUGAUGCAAUGGACUCUGGCCACGCCCGGCAGGAGGGUCCCGCUCACCCGGCAGCGGGCCCGGAGCAGCAGGACCCCGCCGAAUUCCGGCUGCAGGUGGACUUCUUCCGGAAGCUUGGCUACUCCCAGCGGGAGGUCCGGACGGUCCUGCAGAAGCUGGGCCUGAACUCGGACACCAACGCCGUCCUGGGGGAGCUCAUCCGUAACCAGGCCGACGCCGAGAGGGAACCCGCCGCCCCCCUGCCGCCCGUCCUGGUCCCGCGGACCGGCGGCUCCACCCGGUCCCCCAGCGGCCUGCCCCCCACCCCCCCUCCACAGGACGAGGAGCCCGCGGAGGACGGGUCCCUCAAGCCCAUCGUCAUCGACGGCAGCAAUGUGGCAAUGAGCCACGGCAACAAGGAAGUGUUCUCCUGCCAGGGGAUACAGCUGGCGGUGAACUACUUCCUGGACAGAGGUCACUCCGACAUCACCGUGUUUGUGCCCUCCUGGAGGAAGGAACAGCCCAGGCCAGAUGUACCUAUUACAGACCAGCACGUCCUGCGGGAGCUGGAGAGGAAGAAGAUCGUGGUCUUCACGCCGUCUCGCCGCGUCGGAGGGAAGCGCGUGGUCUGCUACGACGACCGCUUCAUCGUCAAGCUGGCGUACGAGUCCGGCGGCAUCAUCGUGUCCAACGACACGUACCGCGACCUGCAGAGCGAGCGGCCGGAGUGGAAGCGCUGCGUGGAGGAGCAGCUGCUCAUGUACUCCUUCGUCAACGACAAGUUCAUGCCCCCUGAUGACCCGUUGGGUCGACACGGGCCCAGCCUGGAGAACUUCCUGAGGAAGAAGCCGCUCGCCCCGGAACACAAGCGCCCGCCGUGUCCCUACGGAAAGAAGUGCACGUACGGGAUUAAGUGUAAGUUCUACCACCAGGACCGCGCCCACCACUCCCAGCGUUCCCUGGCCGACGAGCUGCGGGCCAACGCCAAGCUCGCCACCCUCAAGGAGGACCGGAGGCCCUCCUCCUCCUCGCCCAAGAAGGCGGGGCCGGGGGAGCCCGCCCUGGCGCCGGCGUCCCCGUCCCUGUCCCUGGAGCAGGAGGUGGAGUUCCGGCUCAGUUUGGAGCAGCGCGGCUCGCCGCAGGGCUGCCACGUCAGCGAGAACGUGCUUCUGCACCGCGCCGGGGGCGGGGCCCACCACGGCCGGAGGCCCGCCCCCAAAAAGGGCCCGGCCGCCAAUCACCACGCCCUGGCCGGCGCUGACUCCGCCUACCUCAGCGGCUCCUCCCAGGAGCGUCUGGACUCGGGCCUGGGCUCCUACGAGAGCCACGGCGACCCCCACGCCGGGCCCUGCUCUUCCUCCUCCUCCUCCUCUUCCUCCUGCUCGUCCUGCAGGUCCCCGCAGCGCUACGUCCGCCCCGGCCACGGCCCGGAGAGGCAGAAUGGCCGCCAGCCCUGCAGCUGCUGCUCUCACCUGGCCCCGCCCACCUGCCCGCACCACUACGGUCAGGGCCCCGCCCCCUGCCAGCCUUGGUCCCCCACCGCCACGUUUGGGGGGCCCCUGUACCCGGCCACCGUCCCGCACCCCUACAGCCUCCCUGCGAGCUUCCCCCGGGUUCACCCGGGCCCCCGCAAGUACUGGUCCGACUCCUACCAGCCCGUCCCCCCGUCCCGCUCAGCCAACAGCCUCCCCGACCAUCUCAGGAUGCCCGCCCCCCCAGAGCACGGCCUCAUGGGAGUCUAUGGAGGAGAGCAGCACCACUGGGGCCCCCCCCACGACCCCUUCCAGGCUGAGAGAGAGGAGGUCCGAAAGAAGUUGCAGGCCAUCUUUCACCCCUGUCAGGUGGACAAGGUCAUGGGCAUGUUCCCCCACGUCCUGGACCCCCAGGCCCUCGCCGCCAAAAUCCUCACGCUGAAGUCCCAGGGUGGAGCACUGUGAAGUGUUUACCCCCCCCCCCCCAGCCCUCUUGCCUCGUUUUGCCAUCUUACCCUCAGGUUGCUUGUUGGAACCUUUGGAGGAAGCGGCUCAUUUGCAUAAACGUUGCUUGCCAUUCUUGCCAUGCUUCAGUUGGAUGUUGUUGUUGUGGUUGUUGUUACUGGUGUUGCUAGGUGUGCCCUGUUCGAGAUAUCCCGUACCAGUCGUCUUUUCGGAUGUUUCUGGGGAGUGCGGCACGCAGUAGUUCCUUUUCUUUUUCUUCUUUUUUAAAUGCAAGCACGGGGAAGUCUUUGUGUUUGCAAAUACCGCCACCUUGUUUUUAGUAUAACAAUACAGGCUUCCAUUGCAUAUUUGUAUGCUGACUUUUUUUUCCAAUGCAAACUUGUCAAAUUUGAGGACUUCACCACAACUGUCAAUGCAUGAAAUUUAUCAUC